AUGUUAGUGUUGUGGCCAGUAACAGAAAAUAAUUAUCAAUAUCAAAUAAUCGAUCCUUAUUCUCUUUCUGAUUCUAUUGAUGCCACAAAGCUUUUUGAAAGCGACAUUGAAGCAAAUAUAAUCGUUCAAUCUUAUGCAAUACAAUCAGAUAUCAUCAUUGGUUGGUCUAAAGAUGAAGAGAACUUGUAUAUGCAAUCAUUGAUACAAGAAAAUUGGAUUAAUUAUCUAAGAAAUUUAAACGACUAUAGUAAUAUUGGCUUUCCGUACAGAGUUUCACGAAUCAAAUUAAUGAUAGAUGAUAUAAUUAACGAAUAUAAUAAUAGUAAUGGGCAAAAAAUCAAUUUUCCAAUAAAGCCUUCAUAUGAUGGUACUUUAUAUAAAUGGGUGAUUAAAAUUGAUGAUAAUAUUUCCUUAAUAGCACAUAAACAAAUUAAGUCUAAAACACAGGAAAUGGAUUAUACGAAAAUUAUUUUUUAUUUAUUUAAAAAGGAACUAAAAAAAUAUACUGAAAGAAUAAUACUGAAUUGUGAUCUGCUUGAGAAUGAAAAUUUAGCAAUGAUUACGAUUUUUGGAAUUUAUAUAUGGGCAAUAAAAUCAAAUGGAAUCAGAUUACAUUAUUUCUGGAAUGAAGAAGUAAAACGCAUAGAUUAUGAACCUCAAAGUAUAAUAAAUAUGCUACAAGAGUUUUUACGUUGCUGCGAAAAUUCUAUUCUUCCUACGAUUCAAUUUGACUUGCUUAUAAGGGAUAGAAUCAAGAGAUCUAAUGACGUAAAUUAUUUGAGUUUAGAUGAUUCUAGAGAAUUAUUAGAGGAUUAUAAACAUGAUAAAGUAUUUCUCGCAUGCUACGGAAAGCGAUUGCUUGAGAAACUGAUAGAAUAUAAACAGGAUGAAUUAAUCGAAGAUAUAAUUCAAAGAUGCAUAGACUUAAGUACUAAAAAUAUCAAAGAAGGUUUUACUGCAAAUAUUGAAUUAUUAAGUGUCAUUACUUCAUCGUUUUCAGAGUUAUCUCAAAAUUAUGAGCCAUAUAUUUCAAAUUUUUUAUAUCAGAUCGCUUUUGUCGUACCCCAUUACAUUAGAAGAUUCUUAAUCAAAAGUGAAUCCAUUUCUUCACAUCUUCAUCACUAUGGGAAUUAUGUUCAGAUAUUAGAAACGACGUUCAUUGAUAUUACCAUUUCUUGGCUCUUACGUUAUCUCCAAACAUUUAUUGAAAA